AUGUGGCUGUGCCUGGCCGACGGCCGCGCGCGCAGCACCGCCGACCUGAAGCGCCUGGCGACAGCCGCUCGGGUGCGAGCGAAACGAGCAAGAGAUGCAGCCGCCACGAACACGCGCGAUCGGCAGGCGCGCGACCAGCGCCGCCGGCAGCGUGAGCAGCACGACCGGCGCGCAGCGCCGGCGGUCGCCAAGACCGUGCGCCCACAACGCGGCCAGUGCGGCUGCCCGGCGCACGCGGUGUGCGGCAUGUGCGUCGACCAGGGCAAGCUCGCCGCGGCCGAGCAGGCGGCCAUCGACCUGGAGACGCGCUUCCACGCCUCGACGAACGUCGUCAUGGACCUGGAGCGGCCCGAGGACGAGACGGCGGCGCUGCUGCAGCGCUGCGUGCACGUCUCCGACGAGACGAAGCGGCGGCUGCUGGGCGAGUGGAGCGACGAGCGCAUGGCGCACGCGCUGCCGCUGCACGCAUGCGCCUCGUGCGGCGUGCGGGACCCGUCGCUGACGUACACGCGGGUUGACGUGUCGGCGCUGCCGCGCACUGUGUCUUAGCGUCGUCGCGCGUAAGAAGCGUGGU